UAAGAAAAAAUACACACUGCCAAGGAGCACAGACACAUAUAUGCACAAAGGAUGAACAACGAUACACAACGUGGGCUGAAUGUUCGAGUGGACGUGGGUAGCCGAGCGAUCGCUGCGCCACGUACCGAUGCCUAAUCAUAUCUUAAAAAUAUCAUCGUAUCUCAAGGCAUAAAUUAUAUAGAAAUUUUCGUCGUAUAUAAAAAAAUCGUAUGUUAGGGCGAUUGUAUGUCAAAGUACCACUGUAUUUGUUUAUCCACUUUUCACUUAACAACACUGGGGCUGACAUGCUGCGGUACCCCACAACUCACACACCUUAAUAAACAACUAACCUAACUGACCUUACCAGAUGACAGCUAACCUGGUGCACCCAUGCCAACACAACCUGGGUUUACCCAAGGAGGGACAAAUUGACCUCAACAAUGAGAGAAACCCUUACCAUAACACCUAACUCAGAUCAUAUGCUUGGCACUAUGAGUUUCCUACCCACACUUCAUCCUAUCUGGUGAAACACACGGUGUACUAGUCUAUUUCUGCCACUUCACCAUAGUUUUACAGACAUUUUUACAUUUACACUUCUUAAGAAUGCACAGAUAUUUCUAAAGCAUGAUACCUGGUGAGAAGGCAGACUUUGGGUUGGGUAGCUGACCAGAAUAUAAAUGGGACUGGUAUAGAAGGCAGCUUGGUUAUGGCAGACUGGUGUUCAGGCUCCUUCCAUCUCAAAUAGGAACGAAGCUGCCAUGUAGCAGCGAUACGCUGAAGUUAUGCGCUCAAGAUAGCUAUCGAAUCUAAGGGCGGUUCAAAACACUUCGUGUAGCAUUAUCUAGUGUUUGGAUUGUUACUGUAGUUCCCUUUUCAGUAGGAGGAGGGAGUGAAGGGCAUGGCUGCUAGGGGUAGAAGCAAAUUUGGUAUAGAUAUAGAGAAGGAGGAUGGAGCAUUGGUGUGACAGUCAGGAUAGAUAGAACUCUAUCUGAAGGGUUGUGGCUGAGGAGGACCUAAAAGCUUCCAAAUCAGUGUGGAGGGGUGAAUUUUUAAUUACACCAAAGUUUUGGAAUAGAGAGGGUGAGGCUGCUCCAUAAAUCUCACAUCCAUGGUAUAAGCAACUCUGGAUAUAGAGACAAUUAAAAACAGAGAGCAUGCCUGUCUGCAGCUCUGUGCUCUACUUGACACCUGUGAUGAAUUUCACAAGUCUAAACUUCUUGUGGCACAAGGUCACCAGGUACUGUGUGUGGCAGCCCCAGGUUAGGUGGAGGCCAUCCAACAGUAAAUCAAAGUAUUUGUGUUGGGUUUUGAAAGGGAUUUAGCAACUAUUAAUGGUGAUUACUGAUAUUUUGUGAAUAUGCCUUCUGGUAAAGCAUGAGCUCAGACUUCUGGGCAGUCACUGUCAUGCCUCAAUGUGUCUAUAGGAAGUGCUUUGCUUGUUAAUAAGUUCUUCCUGGAUAUGGUGCUUCAGGUGGAGCAGGGCAUCCAGGGUGAUGAAGCCCAUACAUGUGUGCAGGAAUGAGAUGUUUGUGUUCCAACCAACAUGUCAGUCUAUUUUGUGUCUUAGUGUUUUCCCAGGGUUAGAAAGAAAGCUAAUAGGCCUUUAUGAGAAAGCCUUUGAAGAAUCCUUGCCAGGCUUGGGGAUAGGGAGUGUGAUGGCGUGCCACCACACUGAAGGGAAUGUCCCCAACGGCUUGCUGGCAUUGAAAAUAUUUGGAAAGAGGUAGAUCAGAGGAUUUGAGUGGCAUCGGAGGAACUCGUUGGGGACGUUGUCCCAGCAGACAGCGAGCGUAAAGCUGAGAAAAGCUCCUUGUCAGUGAUAGCACUACUAAUUGUGUGGCCUGUGUGUGAAAUUAUGAUGAGGGCAGGUAUAGGGCCCAGGAAUUGAAUGUGAUGUGGAUGUGAGAGGCAAUGCAUGUUCUGGGUAUCUGUGGUGAGAAAGCCACCUUUACUAAUUAAUGGAAACAUGAGAGUGGACCAUCUUCCAGGAGAAAGACCAACCUGGGAGACUAAGGAAGCAAAGGACAGGGGGUGCACUAAAGGAGGCUAGACAGAAUGUUUCUCAUCAAAUAUAACACAUUUGCAUGGGGUUUCUAAGCAGUGAAAGCAACUGCAAAGAGGAAGGAUGAAGUUCCUAUGCCAUACAUUAGAGGUGUCAAGUUUAGCCUAAAGGACUGCUGCACACUUCCAAGACCACUAAGGGAUCCUGAAAGUAUAGGUGGGGAUGGAGUGAGAAGUGGCAAUGGGACCCAUGUCCUGCAAAGUGUCCUAGAAGUACUGAAUUUGAUCUUGUGAAGGGAGGAAAGUGAGAAGGUAACUGAUUUUAACUUGAGUUGAAAUGCUUUCCAAUCUCCUGUUUUGAGUGACUAAUGAGGCUUGUGUAAGAAGGGAUGGGGUGGCGACACUGAUGGGAAAGAUAACUACAGGAACAUGGUCACUUCCCAUGUGACGGCCUGUUGUGAUGGUGUGGAGGCAGGGACCAUUCCAAGGUAAAGGGCUUCCUGAAACUGGAUCAUUCUUGAUAAGGAGGCCAGGAGGAGUAAUGAGAGAAGGAGAAAAAGUCUUUCAUAUAGUUUGAGAAGGCAUGAUCUGAAUUGUUCCUCCAGGUCCUAGGCCUAGAGAAUGCUAGUUUCCAGAAGUCAUGAUGGGCAUUGAAAUUGCACAUUAUUUGUGUUGGGGGAGAAAGCUGUGGAAAUAAGAAUUGAAGCUCCUGAAUAGAAAUAUCCAAACACAGAUUAUAUAUCAAAAGGAUAGGAAGAGAUCCUGAAACAAGAAUGAUGUUCACUCCCAGGUGCUCAAAUUCACCCUUGAUGAAGGAAGUGAUAGUAGCUAAAGGGUUAGAAGGGAGACACUAUUGGACCUGCAGCAACAGGCUAUCUCCUGUCCUGCUGGUGACCUGUCUACCAUGUAGCAAGCAUAGCCAGGAAGCAAGGGGGGAAUUCAUCUAUGAGCCACAUCUCAUAACUGCCAAGAACUAGAGGUGAAUAGGAAGAGAGCUUGGUUUUAAAGACAAAGUUUCCAGUACAGGAAUCGGGUAUUCCAGAGUAUGAAGUACGUGGAAGGUGAAGGAGUGACAUGAAAACAAAAAGCUGAGAGAUACUUUAGAAGAAAACCACUAUGUUAGGCAAUCUGCAAAACCAGAAACAAAUGUAGAAGUAAGAGUGAGUGAGGAGCAGCACAACUGCAUUGAUUGGUGUCUCAGAAAAAUUGGUAGUCUCUGGGUUCCUAACACCAACACCAUGAUCAAAGGCUGGCUGCCCAGUGCUGGACAAGACAUUCUUCUUUACAAUUUUACACACCCACUAUAACUAUUGAUGGUUCCUGCCUCCUGUCACUUCCAUCAUUAGGUACCGCAAUGUUGCUGUAGGUAAGAAUAUUGGUAGGAAGACUACUUCAUCAAGUAGCGAGCCUACUGUGCAUCCCUUGCUAGUACCUAGAGGUUGCUGGCUACUCCUAUCAAUAUGGCAGAACUAUUGUUUUGAAUUUUGCUUACAAUCAUAUCUCUUUUUGCCCCAUAACACUCUCCACUGAUUUCCUCACAGCCCUUCAACUCAUUCAAUGUCAUUCUCACAAGUCUCACCACAGCCUCUGCUUUCAAAUCCUCCACUUACUACACAAAUUGUCAGCUACACACAUCAACAUCCACCUUCAGCAUUAUAGGCAACAAAGUGGCAAACAAGGCCCACUCCCAUCAUUCUUCCACAGGCAUUCCCACAAAUCAGACUGACAAUGUAAUCAUUUUACAGAAAGACUGCAACCUGCACAGGGAAAGACACCUGACGGAUUCUUUACAGCACACAACACUUGGAUGCAUCAGACAAGACACACAACACCACUGGUGGACCAACUCCCCCAGCUGUCUUCUAGACACUGCUGUCACUAGACUCAAGAUAGGACUCAGCUACCUCAAUGCCCACAUGCACAAACUAGGCCUGAUGGACAUCCCUCACUGCCUGUGGUGCCCCACACAACCAGACACCCCAAGACACCUGCUUCUACACUAUCCCUGCCACCACUCCCACCACACUGCUCUCCCCCACUCACUGGCAUCACUACACAUCCACAGUAAUGGUGGAGAACUCUUGUACACAGGGCCUGAGAGAUGGAGGGAAGUACAAAUAACCCCAUUCACCAAUUAUUAUGGAACAAGAGAUCUCUGGGUAUGUGGCAAUUGUUGGUGAAUCUGUUAUUUAUGGCCCAACCAACCAAGAGUCAACAUUACUGCUUCACAGAUGACACUGAUCCUUACCAUCAGUUUGCAACCAAGACUCCAUACAGUUACUCCAGGGGACAUUUUUCUUCCUCAGACUUAGUCCCUGAAGGAUGUGUGGCAGUUCAGGCAUGGCAUUUGAUCCGCCAUGGGACUCGCUACCCUGGUAAAGAUGACAUUGCACGCUUUGUCUUGGAGCUACCAGGUAUGCAGACUUCCAUUCUGAAGGCUCAUCACAAAGGACAAGGAGAAUUAUGUGAAGGUGAUCUGUCCCUGCUCUCUGGAUGGAGCCUGGGAACCCUUAACACCUCUUGGGCCUCAAUACUGGCACCUGAGGGAGAGCUGGAACUGGAGGGUCUUGCUUCCAGAUACAAGGCUGCUCUGCCCUCCCUCUUUGGGCAACAGUUUUCCAAUGAUUCCUUCAAGUUUCGGCACACUGCAUCUCAACGAACAAAGGCCAGCGCAAUAGCAUACUCCAAAGGAUUGUUUGAUGAUGCCUCAGUCUAUAUUCCUCCAGCCCUUGAUCCUGACCCAUUGCUAAAGUUUUAUGACAUCUGUGAGAAGUACAAGGUCGAGGUAGAGGACAAUCCAGCUGCCAGGAGGGAAAGUCAUCUCUUCUGGGAGGGGCCUGAAAUGGGCAGGAUUGUGGAUACUGUAUCUCAUCGCCUCGGUUAUCCAUGCACAAAAGGAGACUUGAAGCUUCUGUAUGAUGCGUGUCGCUUUUACCAGGCGUGGCAGCCAGCCCAAUCUUCCCCUUGGUGUGUUGCCUUCACUCCCCAUGACCUGGAGGUGCUUGAAUAUUAUUAUGACUUGGAGAAAUACUACACAGCUGGAUAUGGACAUGACAUAAACACAGCAAUGGCCUGUCCCCCUCUGCAAGAUGUCUAUCAACACUUUAGUGAUGUUGUGUGGAGAGGACAGGGACCUCGAGGAAUCUUCUAUUUCACCCACAGCAAGGCCGUCAUCUCUGUGAUGGCUCGCCUGGGUCUGUAUCAUGAUGUUGCACCACUCACUCACCGCCACAUGGAUCCCAGAAGAUUGUGGCGUACAUCACAACAUGGCUCCUUUGCCACCAACCUUGCCUUUACUCUCUCCAACUGCACUCAAAACAGAUGGUGGGUGAGCAUGGCAACAAGUGAACACUUGGCUGCACUGGAGGGAUGUGAAGGCCCUACUGGCUGCUCCUGGGAAGAGUUCACACAGGUGUUGUCAGGAUCCCUGCAUUGUGAUCUUGACAUUAUUUGUGCUGUGACUCCCUUCAUGACUACUUCUGGGUCUGGCUGUUCUGUUGAGGCAAGGGCUGGGGAGGCAUGUCAAUGCAGAUCUUGCUCUCCAUUCUUCUUGCUUAUGUUCCUGUUGAAUGGAUAUGAUGCUGAAACACUAGGAACUAGGCACUCCUCCCCUCACCCGUCUACCGCCUGUUGUAGUGUCCUCCAUUUUCUGACCAUACCUAGGUACACCUGUCGUGUGCCAUGGACAUCAGGCAUAAAGAUACCUACCUACCGUAAUCAACGCAAUACGUCUACUGCAGAAGUAAACAACAGAAAUAACAGCUGUCAAGCGAAGUGUCAACGUAGCACCUGAGCUGCCCCUGCAUGCAGUAGAAAGAAAGCAGUUGCUUCCCUCCAUCUUAAUAUUUUUUCGCAUAUGUGUGUGAAUGUUAUGAAACCGGUCAGUCACCACGUGUUUGGUUAAGGUGACGCAGCAGUUGUACUACAGUAGGCCCCGCAAACCGCAGUGUGAAAGGUGUGCCCAUCCAUUCUUUAAUAUGCCACCACCAACUCAUUAGUAUUGCUACCACUGCUGCUUUUCUUACUAUUAUUGAUAUUACUACUACUACUACUACUACUACUACUACUACUACUACUACUACUACUAUUAUUAUUUAUUAUUAUUAUUAUUAUUAUUAUUAUU